AUGCCUUCAUUCACCCCCGACGAGCGCCAGCGCAGAAUCGUUCAAUUGUCGCAGCAAUGGGGCAUCGAGCUUCCGCAGAUUCCUCCUCCCCUAUCGCGGCCCAUGCGACCGCCCUCGUUCCGCACUCCCGCAGAUGACCAGGUGGCCGAAGGUCUCAUCCAGCAGCAGGCGGCUGAAUCAGCAAGAACACGCCCCAAGAGCGGGCUGAGUCGCGCAUUUUCCUCGAGCAACUUGAAAAAGGGCAAGGGCUGGGAUGCAAAGGAUGUUGUCGAUGUCUUGGGGCAGUGGAUCGCCAACUCCGGCUCUCCGGGCGUGGCCGAGGCCCUCAUCUCAAAGCUGACGGCGGCUGGCGUCGAUUUGUCUGGCGCGGCGCAGCAGAAGAGUGGUAUUCUGAACAGGAGGAAGAGCCUGGAUAGCUUCGAUGGCCGCACCCAGCUGCUGAGGUCUGCCGUGGAAAGAAACCUAAUGGACAUGGUCCGCGUCCUGCUUCCCCAUGCUGACACUCUCGCGCUCGAUGCCUCGCUUCCCAUUGCCAUCCGAAACGGCAAUGCACAGAUUGUGGAGAAUCUGCUGAGAUACGGCGCCAAUACCUCGCGAUUGACUGAAGCGCAAACCGCCUUUCGCCAUGCGUGCUCGCUCCAUGGAAUGUCGGCCAUCGUCAGCCUGGUGCUUCAGUCAGAAGGCCGACCUCCCGAUGAGCUAAUCUCGGACGCCAUGAUUGACGCCGCGAGGGCGGGCAACCUGCAGAGCGUUCUCUAUCUUAGCCGCUCCACAGCAGAUGGAAAUCACAAGCAAGCCGAAGCCUUGAGGCAGGCAGUCGAAUUGGGACGCAAGGACAUUGCAGUAGCCAUCAUCAUGGGAAACCGGCCACCGCAGCGACCAGGGCUGGACAACGCCUUCCAAGCCGCCUUUGAACAUCCAUCGAUGAACCCGGACUCCAAGCUGGAGCUGUCAGAGCUCUUGCUUUGUGCAGGUGCCGGAGGAGACUUUCUAUCUCAGGCACUCGAGCUAUCUUGCGAAACCCAGUUCUACGAUAUGGCUAACCUGCUAGCCAUGUAUGGCGCUUCUAUCGAGUAUAACGAUGCUUCGAUGCUCAAAGGCGCUAUUGCUCGCGGACAGCUUGACCUAGUGAAUUCACUUCUUCAUGACAGAACAGCCCUUAGCACACCGGCUGCGUCGAGCUGUGUCUCGGCCAUUCCAAAGCAAGCCGCCCCCGAAGUUCGUUACACCUUGCUGAGCCUUUUGCUCAGAAAAGGAGCCAACGGUGAUGCGCUCAGCCAUGUUCUCAUCGACGCUGUUGAAGCUGGUGAUGUGAACUCGGUUGAGCUUCUUCUCAACCCUUACUUCCCAACGUCGCAAGCCAACGGACAUAAGCCCUUGAAUGGUGGGCGCCAUGCCGUGGCAUCAAUUGAUUACCAAAAUGGAAGAGCCCUUUCCGUCGCCGUUAUUCAGUCAAAUAUCGAGAUGGCAAGGAAACUCUUGACCGCACGGCCUUCGGCUAACACACUAACAGCCGUAUUUCCGCUUACCAUGAGGUUGUCUGGCACAGAUCGUUAUCAAAUGGUUGAGCUGUUCAUAAAGAAAUCGGUACCUGCGACAAGUUUACAUGCUGCCUUUCAGGAUGCUAUUGGCGAAGACAUCACCAAGAGAGAUAGAGCGCUCAUCAACUUGCUCCUACAAAAGGACGCAGACGUAAACUUCAACAAUGGCGCCGGACUAGCUCCUCUCAUUUUACAAAAAGACGUCGGUCUUCUUUCUCCUUUACUAAAGAAGUCAACUCCACAAACAGCAGCAGCAAGAACACACGACGCUAUGCGAGUUGAUGAUCAUAGGGUGAGAUUCGACAUCAUGACGUUAUUGUUCCAAGCGGGUGCCGCCACUGGUGUGGCUGAAAUCGCAACGGCAUUAUCGGAAACAUUGAGUGAGAAGCCUGUCGACAUGUCAUUACUUCAGUUAUUGCUUCAGCACGGCAAUGCGGAUGUCAAUGCUCUGGAUGGCGCAGCGAUGAACAAGGCGACUGUUAAUCCCGAUCCCAAGGUCCUUGGACUGCUCAUCAGCAUGGGAAAGCCCACGAGCCAAUCGAUUUCAAAAGCACUACAAAGCCUUGCCUCAACACCGCCAUCUGAUGGGAAGACGUUGAAGCUCCGAGUCUUAUUACCAAAAUCUGAUCGAAAAGAGGAUUUGGAUAGCAUCCUUGCUCAAGAGGUGCAAUUCCUCUCACGAGACCAAGGCCAGUCGCAGUCAGCACUCAAUACGCUCAAACUGUUGCUGGAAUCGGGCGCCGAUCCGAAUGCGUAUCAGGCUGCCUCUUUGUGUCACGCAGUAAGGGGAGGCAAGAUACAGAUUGUUGAUUUGUUAUUCGGACCUCAAUGCCGUCUCAGCCAAGGUUCUUUGGGCUACGCGCUUCCUCAUGCCUUAAGGCUGCAAGAUCCCAUGAACAGACAGACGUUGACCACGAAGCUUGUGGAGGCUGGAGUAUCGCCGCAGGAGGUCAAUCGAGCUCUGAUACAUGCAAUCAAGACAUACCCCGAAGACUUUGGCCUAAUACGGACUUUAGCAAGCAAAGCUGAUACUUCAGACGGCGAAGCAUUGUCUCUCGCCAUAUCGAGGGAAGCUGCGGAUGUGACUGACAUUUUGCUGCAGAGCUCCAACCACUCAGUUGGCAACCGUAGCUUGGCGCUUACCAGAGCGAUGGAAAUUAAGAAUCGAACAACCAGAAAUGCCCUGUGCCAACGCUUAUUAGCAUAUGAGAUAUCGCCGACGGCGGCGUCAAAUGCUCUACUGGUUGCUGCUCGCGAAGGCGAUGUCAAGCUAGGAGAUAUCCUCAUGUCCCAUGGCGCAAGCAUGUCGGAAAAUAAUGGCCAAGCCGUUAUAGAAGCAUGCCGUGGAGGUUCUGUGGAGGUGCUAAAGGUUCUCCUGGGAACAGACAUGGCAGUGAACAAUACUACUCUAGAGGAAGGCUUCCAAGCAGCCACCGAAGUCCGCGACUUGAGCAAGCGAGCGAUGAUCUUUGAGCAACUUCUAGGCAAGGGGCUUAGAGGAGAGCUUGUGGAUGCGCAGCUGGAAUCAGCAGCAAGAUAUGGAGAUGAUGGUCAGGCCAUUCUAAGAGUGUUGCUAGUCGCCGGGGCGGACCCGAAUUAUACCAAUGGUGAGGCUGUUGUUGCGGCUACAAGAAGCGCCUUUAUCAAGAACCUAGAGCUCCUCCUUGGACUCUGGGAUGAAGGCGAUAGCCAGAAGAAAGUCUCUCCUCCUACAUUGAAUCGGGCACUCAAAGCAUGCUGGAACCUGAACCGCGAUGAUCGAUAUCUGAUAAUUGGCGACCUCAUGAAAGCGGGCUUACCCGUAGCGGAAGAUUUGCAUAUUGCAUUGAACGAUGCAGUUAAUGAAGAAGAUUCUGAAGAGAGACUGGUGAAACUCCUUCUGGGGUACGGUGCUUCGCCUUUAGCCAACGGAUGCAAAACAUUGGUCGAUGCUGCACAAAAGGCACUGUCCUCGACAUUGGCUCUCCUAUUGGACAUUGAAAUCCCCCAGCAAGACAUAAACAUGGCGUUUAAUAACUCGUUCAAGGCCGACAAGUUCGAAGCUUGGUUUACACAAUCUGGUUUAGAAACGGCGCAGAUGCUCCUGGAUAAGGGAGCAAAGGGCGACGCUCUGAGUGAGGCGCUCAUCCAAGUUAUGAAACAUGUCAAUGACAAUAUGGAACUCGCCGAAGUGUUUUUCGACGUCCUCACCGCUCAUGGUCCAGAUGUCAAUUAUCAGAACGGAGAACCGCUGCGAGAGGCUGCAUCCCAAGCGAAUAUUGAGUGGACUCACAGACUCCUCGCCUGUCAUCCAUCCACAGAAACACUCACCUUUGCUUUUCAUUCUAUAUUCGAUACUGCACUUACUCAGGACGUGGUUUUGGAUCUUUUCCAGAUGUUUGCGGAUUAUCAUGAAGGAGACGUCCGGGUUGAUGUCAUGGCGACUCGUGCUGGCUCCAUGCCAGUGCUGGGGAGAGCCAUCUCACAGUAUCCUCGCUCCUCGACUAUUUUGACGACGCUGUUGGAUGCUGGUUACUACCAUGAUCAGUCCAUGCUAUACAAACUCCACCCAGAGAUUGAGGAGGAAGAGGAGAUGACGCUUCUCACAUGGGCCAUUGCCCAGCCGCAAAAGAAAGUCAGUUCUAAUCUGAUUCAGAUUCUACUAGAGCGGGGAGCCAAGGUCAACAUUGGAACCAAGGUAUCAGGGACCACUCCGCUGAUGCUAGCAGUUCGGGAGCGUCGCCCAGACAUUGUAAAGCUGCUUUUGCUAGAGGGGGCUGACGUUGAUGCUAUGGACUUUCUUGGAAGAACCCCGAUGGCAAUGGUCACUCAUCUCAGCGGCGACGUCGCUAUUCAAAUGAUGGCCAGUCUUCUUGCUGCAGAACCGUCGAAGGAUGAUGGUUCACUGCAUAAUGCUGCUAGAGAUCUCAACCUUGCAGCUGUCAAAGUUCUUAUGGAAGCAGGACAUGAUCCCGACUUCCCCAGCCCGCUUCACCAUGGUCGCAGCGCUCUUGGAGAAGUUUGUCUGCACGGAUCCGAUGCUGGGGAGAUGACACCCGAGAGAGAGCGAAAGAUGCAGAAAGUCAUGACGUUUCUUGUGGAUUCUGGAUCCGAUCUGACCAUCAAGCUGAACGACAAAUCUAUACUGUAUCUUUGCUUUGACGCGACAGAUCCAGUAUCUACAACUCGGGCCUUGCUCAAGAGCGGAAUGUGGAAGCACAUCAACAAACCCUUCAAUCAGUACGCGGACGAAACAUUUAUAUACUCACCAACGAUGUAUGUAGACAAGGUUCUGGCGUCACUCGACGCCCACGACGAACUCCUUUCUGUCCUUCGCGCAAGUCGUGCGACGGACGUGUAUUAUGCUAAAGAAGGCAACCAGCCUGAAGGGGCCGUCGGUUUGCCGGAAGAUAUUGAAGUUCGAGAACGAAUCCGAAAGGCUCGCUCAGAGCGACUGGCGGAAGAGUCUCAGGACUUUGCCCUUGCGCUGGCCAGGAAGCGAGAGAUUGCUUCUGUGGAACAGCAGAUACAGUCACAGAAGGCGGAGAUGGAGGAUGCUCGCCGCAGGAGGCUGCAGUCCGAAGAUCUCGCUACUAUUCGCUCCAAGGCCCAGCUUGAAGAGAGUCUCGCGAACGACGCCUUUAGGCGACGUCUUUCGGAGCAGAGAGCCGUGACGGAAGCUACACUGGCGAGCUCGAGAGCGCUUGCUGCUUCCGAUCUCGAGGCCGAGGAGGCUAGACAGCGCAAGGCCCUCGAGUGGGAGAACAAGCUCAACUCUGAGCGGGCGGGUAAUGCGCGCGCGCUGAUUGAGAUGCGCAUCGGCGAGAGGGAGGAGCUCGACCGUAUCGAGGUGACGGCUGAGCAACGCAUCCAGAGGCGUCUGGAGGCGCAGAGGAGACUGGUUGAGAGUCAGGAGAAGUUGGCGGGGAGAUUGGCGGGUUCUGCGGGGGAUCCUAGGAGGCAGAUUGGGUAUGUUACUGAGUUGAAUUAA